CUGGGACCAAGGGUGCAACACCUUCAAAGUCGGCCCCUGUGCGUCAGUCAGAAGAGCUGCAAACUGCCCUGAAGGAGAAGCGGAGUCUAGUGUAGGCACUGUGGACUGGGACUGACUUUGAGGGAGGAUUUACAAAGUAGUUAGUAAAAGGUCAACUCCACCCCAACAUCGGCAACUACUAGCAUGGCUACAGCAGGCACCUCAGGGCAGAGCACUUUCGGGCUCGGGAGGAAAAAGAAGGCUCCGGGUCUCAUGGAUCAGAUUAGCAAGUUCUUUGGAGGCGACAAAAAGAAAAGGAGCAAGGGGUCUUUCCGGGGUCACCUGGCAUCUUCACCCCAGCAAUCCUCGUCUCGCCGCCGCACCAAUGAAAACGCCGUGGUGCACUUCUUCAGGAGCAUUGUUUCCUCUCCUCGUCCUAAAUCCAGGUGGAGAGACGUCUUGGGCUUGGCCUCGUCCCCGCGCCCCGAAAGCGCAAAGUCGCCGGUCAGAAGACGCAAAGACCAAAGCACACUGUCCAGACUCUUCAACCUGGGAGACACCAAGUCCCGCCCACCCCCUAAACGCUGGAGCACCAUCUUCUGAGCUCUCCGCCGAGGACCAAACCACAGAUCCAACACCGAUGGGACAAGAGGAAGAAGAAGAAGGAGGAGGAGGAGGAGGAGGAGGAACAGAUCUGCAAGUGGUGGACUCACAACCUCAAGAAAUGUUAACAAACUAACACAAGCCUCCCUCAAGUUUAGACAGUAACGACACACCUGAAAUCUAUUGUCAAAAGUUGUAGGUGGUCACUUUGCAAGUUUUCUUUUUAAUCCUACUUCUCAGCGUAUCUUGUCUCAGUCCAUAUGCCGCUGUUUAGAAGACAUCUGGUCAUACGUUUGGUUAAAUAUGUCACACAUUUGGGUAACUUAGUCUGACGGUGCUCAUGUCUGCUGUCUGAGGUUCGUCUGUGGCAGAUGUUUGUUCUUUCUAUUUGUCUCCUGUCGUCCACAUUUUGUACAUGAGUGAUGUUUUGUGUAUCUCGCUGCUUUAAUACAGCUCACUGCUCCCACAAAGACCAGGAAACACACUACAGGGAGCUCUUGUUUGUCGUUGUGCGUCUGUUGCAAGGAAAUGCGUUCAAAACUGGAAGACUAUAGUUUAUGAUAUGUGAUAAAUAAUGAGUCUAAUUUUGUGGUAAUGUACGAGUUUUGUUUCAUUAAGUAGCAGUGUAAUUAAUAAACAUGUACAUGAGGUAUAAUGCCAUGUCCAAAUAGAAGAAAUGCCCUUUUUCAAAUGCACUGAGACCUUUAAAACGACUAAAAAAAACAACUUAAAAUGACGCGUUUGCUCUCUUUUCUGUAUCGUAGCUUCAGCAUGAAUCUAAUUCAUUGUAAGUAAUGUGUUUUCAUCUUAAAAGAAGUUCAACAUUUUAAUGUGUUUUGUGUUUUAUUACAAGAUGACAGACAGAUGUUCACUGUUUCUGAUGGUCGGACAGUAAGUGGCUCAAAGGUUUAAGGCGGAGGCACAGAGAUGGUUGGAGGAGUUUUGGUACUGAAGGACGGUAUAAGAGAUGUUUCUAUUGUUCUGACAUGUUGUGUGUUGUUCAUGAUAAACUACACUGCCUUUCUCAUUUGUACAUGCUGUUUUUGUGGUCAAUCUAACACAAGAGUUGCUCUGUACAGAUGUUUUUUGUCUGAGGUUGCUGACAUUUGGUGGUGCUACAUGAAAAUGAACCCAUACUUAGAAACUGAGUGUUUUGUUUCCUCUUAAUGUUUCCUCUGUUUUACAUGUUCACUUCUAACUGGAUGUAAACAUAAUAUGUUGUAUCCCAGUUAUUAAAUGCUUUAAAAAAAAUC